UGCGCACGCGCACAGAGGUUAUCGAAAUAUGGCGGCCAGGUCUUACGAAAAGUACUGAGAUCUGCUUCAAUUUCGACAAAUUCGCGCAGGUCGGGAGCCACAGUGUGCGUGUGGGUGUGUGUGUUGCGUAGCAGCGUAUCAGUGUUGUGGAGCUGCAGUAGCCAAUGAGCAGCAUGGGCAGGACAGCACUGAAAGAUCAGAAGGAGAGUAAGAAGGAGAAGGCAGGCAGGAGUACUCCUGUCAGCACAGGACCCGGACCAGUUAAAGCCCCCGAAUCAUUCUCAUGGGAAGAGUAUUUGAAGGAGACGUCAUCCACACCUGCCCCUCCCAGCUGCUUCAGACAGUCUCGCCUCCCUCCAUCAAACGACUUCAAGGCUGGAAUGAAGCUGGAGGCUCGCGACCCUCGUAACUCCACCUCCGUCUGCAUCGCCACAGUGAUGGGCAUAACGGGCAUCAGGCUCCGCCUACGCCUGGACGGCAGCGACAACACCAACGACUUCUGGAGACUGGUUGACUCCUCAGAUAUUCAGCCAAUAGGAACGUGCGAGAAGAAUGGAGACAUGCUGCAGCCCCCGCUGGGGUUCAGGAUGAACGCCUCCUCAUGGCCGAUGUUUUUAUUGAGGACACUGAACGGGGCAGAAAUGGCACCAGCGUCUGCGUUCAAAAAGGAACCUCAGAGGCCCUCUCAGAAUAGUUUCAAGCCAGGGAUGAAGCUAGAAGCAGUGGACAAGAAGAACCCUUACCUCAUCUGUCCUGCGACGAUUGGCGAUGUCAGAGGUGAAGAGGUGUUUGUAAUGUUUGAUGGCUGGAGAGGCGCGUUCGAUUACUGGUGCCGUUACGACUCCAGAGACAUCUUUCCUGUGGGCUGGUGCGCGGUGACCAAACACAGCCUUCAGCCGCCUGGGAACAGCAUCACCCUCCCGAAGCCGCUGUCUGCACCCUCAUCUUCCACUUCCUCCUCCUUUUCUUCUUCGCCGUCCAAGCAGACACGGCGCUCCAUGCAGUCUUCGUACCGCUUGCCCACACCGCUGCCCCAGCUGCCUGUCCGGAAGGGCGUGAGGGGCCGGCGACCCAAAAGCGAGACCAUCGCCCUGCUCAAAGCCCUGGCGGCAUCAUCAGGCUCUCAGAGUCCAGGGGCUCAGAUGAGUACCACGGCACCUGAAUCCACCCCACAGCUCGUCCCACGCCCUUACAAGAAGAGAGGACCCAAACCGGGCAGCAAGAGGAAACCCAAACUCCUGCAGAGCUCUAUGUCAGCACCAGCAGGUUCAGACUCCAGACUGCCAUCUUCUCAGGUGUCCAGGGAUGGUCUGUCUCCACUAAGCCCUCCAUCGUCUGUGGUGUCCACAGUGUGCGUGUACGUGAAUAAGCACGGGAACUGCGGCCCGCACCUGGACCGUAAGCAGGUGCAGCGGCUGCCUGAUCACUUCGGACCCGAGGCGGUGAACCUGGUGCUGCAGCAGACGGUGCAGGCGUGUUUGGACUGCGCCUAUCAGCCCAAAGUGCUGCUGGGGUGCCUGCAGAAUCAGCCAGACGGGGGAGAGGUGGUACGAGUGCGGACGGACGGAGGGACACGGAUGGUGAAGCUGCCGUCAGCAUCCAGCGCCGCGUUCGUUCUGCGGUUCCUGGAGAAAGUGUGUCGACACCUGCAGUGUGAUAACCUGUUCAGCAGCCAGCCGUUCAGCCCCUAUAGCAGCUACGACAGGAGCAAGUCAGUGAAAGAGGAGAUGUCCGAGGCGCCGGCACUAAACAGAGGAGUAAAGCGAAUCUCUCGAGACUCUCCGCCCUACUCUGCCCCCCUUUCCCCCAAGAUCCUCCACACAGAUACACACCCUUCUGAAGCUGAGACUCUGCCUCCAGAAGAAAAUGGUUUACUGAAAGAGCAACGCUUCAUGGACUCCGCCUCCAACUCCAUGACCCCCCGCCCACAGACGCUACGAAGCACCUCCGAAUACCAGUCUCAACCCAGCAGUCCAUACUACCAUGGCAACGGCCCUCCCUUGCGCCGCCACGCCUCCAACCCCCCCACUCGCACCCACAGAAGAGUAGAAGCUGCCAGCUCCACUACAGGUCCAGAUGCAGCAGCAGCAGAGUGCGAGACACCCAGAAUUCCCAGCGGCAGAAACCCUUCCUCCUGGUCUAUAGAGGAAGUGAUGCAGUUUGUGCGAGACGCAGAUCCAACGGCGUUGGCGCCGCAUGCUGAGCUGUUCAGAAAGCAUGAGAUUGACGGUAAAGCCCUGAUGCUUCUGAGGAGCGACAUGGUGAUGAAGUACAUGGGCCUGAAGCUUGGCCCCGCCCUCAAACUCUGCUACCACAUCGAGAAACUCAAACAGGGCAAACAGUGAGGAUUAAACACAAACACAUGCGCACGCGCGCGCACACACACACACACACACACACACAGAGUGAAGGAUUAAACGCAGGCGUAUAGGUACAGUAAUGGUCAGGUUUACAGUACUCGAUUAGACUCAGUAUUGGGUGAAGCUCAGCAGUACUGAAUUAGGUUUAAAAUGCCGGAUGAAGCACAGCGCAGGACAGAGUGAAACAACAUGGAGUCACGGACGUGCGCUGCUUUUCAUCCAUCCAAACCACCAAACAAAACCGGAGACAGACAACAAGGAAUGAUGGACAGCAGACUCUUUGUCGGGAGUAAACUCUGGGAUGGACACGGGCAGCGAGAAAAACGGUCCUACACACACUACCUGCCACUGAGAGAGAGAGAGCGAGCGAGAGAGCGUUGAGUGACACGGAAAUGGACUCUGUAGAUUUACACAUAUUGAUUAUUUUAUCACGUACAUUUCUCCUCGUGUACCCCACAAAACCACAGCUGAACAGAUAUUAUUUGGCUCAUUCUCGGCAUGUGGUUUUGCUACGAGUGUAUCAGGCACAAGCCGCAUAGCUAAAAACUCAUAUAUCGUAUAUAUGUGCAUCUUCUUGUCCUUUUUGUUCCUGUUUAUGUUCCACUCUGGGUUUUUUUUUCUUCUUCUUUUCGCUCAGUCCUCAACCGGUUCAUGUCCACAUGAAAGCUAUCAUUCGAAACGUUUUGUUUUUUUGUUUUUUUUGUUUCCUUCCCCCCACCCCAAAGAUGUUGAUAUUUGCUACAUCGGUGCGUGGAGAAUCGGUGUGACGUUGUAAUGUGAUGAACACAUUCUCCUCCCUACCUCCUGUCUGCACACAGAGACAGUCCACUCCUGCAGAUUCACGACUGUGAAAAGCAAACGGCGCUGCGAAUCAUUUCGUCUCUGUUUUGUUCUCUUCCGUUUGCGAUCCGGACGCCGUGCUGUGCGCUUGCAUUUGUACUUUUCAGUGUCUGGCGUGGGGUAGCUGAUCAUAAAUCGGCCCCGCCUCCAGCCUCUUGCACAGCUUACCAAAUCCCAGUAUACGCUAUACAAUACAGAAAUCAGAUAUAUGUAUUUUGAAGUCGAGAAACAUGAACUGAAUCAGUUGUAGAUGAUUUGCUUAAUAUGCAUCGAAAUAAAUUGUAUUUUAUUAAGCAUUGUAAGUCACGUUUCCACCUGCUGAGGUGGAUAAAAAGGAGUACGAUGUUUCUAAUGUCAUUUUAUAAUCUCCCUAAAGUUCAGUUUCUGGCACAUGAGGCUGCAUUCACAACAUUUUGGCGUCAGUCGUUCACACUGAUGGCGAAGGAAGGUGGCUUAAGAAGUGCCAAGAGCUGAAAUUCGACUCUCCGAAUCUAUAAAGUCGGCUCACGGGCAGCAUCAGCGAACCUCACAACGCCACAGUUACCUUCGCGAAAUGUGACAAGUUCAUCACUAAAGCCUAGGUCACAACCGGACAUACGAUUUUUUGGCCGUGCGAUUUUUGGCGUUUCCCAAAUCGCUGCGUUUUUUUUGUUCGUGGAGAAAGACGCACGUUGGCUGUAAGUUUGUCUUGCAACCUGGAAAAACCGUAAGCGCCCAUAGAGUUUGUUUGACAUGACAAAGAACCUCUGCGGCCGGUCUACGGCUCGAAAAUCAGCACGUCACACGCGCACCCUCCGUGCGUUUCUUGCGUUUUUUGCACGUAGACCGGCCGUAGGAGCACGUACGGCCGGUUGUGACCGAGGCUUAUAGCAUAAUAGAUUAGUGCUAAAUAUUGCUUCAGACUGCUCAAAAUACUCCUCAUGUUAUUCAUAUAUACACACACACACACACACACACACUUAUAUACAUACAGUACCGUACCAGUUAAAAGUUUGUACACCCCAACUCAUUCAUAGGUUUUUUCUGUAUUUUGACCAUUUUCUACAUUGUAGAACAAUACUGAAGACGUCAAAACUAUGAAAUAACACAUGGAACAUAUAUGGAAUUAUGUGGUAAAUAAAAAGUGUUAAAAAACAAAAUAUGUUUCAUAUUUUUGAUUCUUCAAAGUAGCCAACGUUUCCCUUGAUGACGCUUUGCACACUAUAGAGGCUUUGCACCAUCACGUGA